CAGUAGAGCACGGAACGUCGCGCUGAGUGCAAAGCUCAAACGUAGGGACGCCGCAUUCGAAAGCUCACACGAGAUAAUAAUGCAUCCAGGUGCCUUCGACAGAAUGAGAAUUUGGUUACUCCCCGUUCUUAUCAUUCACGUGGCCGUCGCCGGAAAUCCCGAUGCCAAAAGACUCUACGACGACCUCCUUUCCAAUUACAAUAAGCUCGUUAGACCCGUCGUUAAUACAUCGGAUGUGCUUCGAGUUUGUAUUAAGUUAAAGCUUUCACAACUUAUUGAUGUGAAUUUGAAAAAUCAAAUAAUGACCACAAAUUUAUGGGUGGAACAGGUAAAAAAUAAAAUGACAACCUAUUUAAGGUAUUUAAUUAAUUAUUUUAAGUCAUGGUAUGAUUACAAAUUGAGAUGGGAACCUAAAGAAUAUGGUGGGGUUCAUAUGCUUCACGUUCCAUCAGAUCAUAUUUGGAGACCUGAUAUUGUGUUAUAUAAUAACGCCGAUGGCAAUUUCGAGGUGACCCUAGCGACAAAGGCAACGAUUUACCAUCAAGGACUGGUCGAGUGGAAACCUCCGGCCAUUUACAAGUCUUCGUGCGAGAUCGACGUCGAGUAUUUUCCUUUCGAUGAGCAAACUUGCGUCCUGAAAUUCGGUAGCUGGACUUACGAUGGAUUCAAGGUCGACUUAAGACACAUGGACGAAAAAGCUGGAAGCAAUGUUGUUGAAGUCGGCGUGGAUUUAUCUGAAUUUUAUAUGAGUGUCGAAUGGGAUAUUCUCGAAGUACCUGCCGUCAGGAACGAAAAGUUUUAUACUUGUUGCGAUGAACCGUAUUUAGAUAUCACUUUUAAUAUCACAAUGAGAAGAAAAACUUUAUUUUAUACGGUUAAUAUAAUCAUUCCUUGUAUGGGAAUUUCUUUUCUUACGGUUCUUACAUUUUAUCUUCCUUCUGAUAGCGGAGAAAAGGUCACACUUUCGAUUUCAAUCUUAAUUAGUCUCCACGUUUUUUUCUUAUUAGUGGUUGAAAUUAUCCCACCAACAUCCCUCGUUGUUCCAUUAUUAGGAAAGUAUCUCAUUUUCGCCAUGAUUUUAGUUUCAAUAAGUAUUUGUGUCACCGUUGUUGUUUUAAACGUUCAUUUCCGGUCGCCGCAAACCCAUAAAAUGUCUCCUUGGGUAAAACGAGUCUUCAUACAUAUUUUACCGAGAUUAUUAGUUAUGAGGAGACCUCAAUAUGUUUUCGACACAACCAGUAAAUACAUGUCGGGAAAAUUGAUAAUGAAAGGAGCGAAGUUUUCUUCUUGUAUAUACCCGUAUAAACCAUCGAGUUUUGAAGAGUGCAGCCCGAAAAAGUUUAAUCGAAAAACGCCAUCGAAAGAGCAAUUAUCACCAAGUUUGGCCGAUGGUGGCCCUUUUGGGGGUAGUUGCCAAAUUCAUGGUCCAAUGAUUAUCCCCCAAGCAGAAAACGAAGAUGGGGAAGCCAUAAAAAGUCCCGUUCUUCGGAAUCCGGCUUUUUCCCACUCAAGAUGUCCACCGGAAAUACACAAAUCGUGUUUUUGCGUGCGAUUUAUCGCUGAACAUACAAAGCUUCUCGAAGAUUCAACGAAAGUAAAAGAAGAUUGGAAAUACGUCGCAAUGGUCCUCGAUCGAUUAUUUCUUUGGAUAUUUACCUUGGCCGUUUUGGUCGGAACAGCGGGAAUAAUCCUACAAGCUCCUUCUUUGUACGACGAUAGGACACCGAUUGAUAAAAAAAUCGCCGAACUAGCAACUACAACGGUUGUGAGAUGUCCUCCUCCAAAAUAAAUAAUAAAACAGAGCCGCUCAAAAUAACAACCCCAAAAGAAAAAGAAAAUAAUAAUAUUAUAACAAAAAAUUUGAUACUAUUUUAUAUUGAGAUCCUCAGCAAUAGAGCGAUUAUUUUUUAAUUUCCAUUUUUAAUUUAAAAUAAUUUAUAAAAAAAU